AUGCAACUAGCGUUUAUGGAUUUUGAAGCCGCGUUCGACCCUCUUUAUCGAGGCCGUCUUCCCAACUCGCUCCGCGCCAAUGGAGUACCAGAAAAGUUCGAUCGUUUGCCUGAUGACAUGAAUCAAAGAACAGCUGCUGCAGUUCGAACACCAGCCGGAUGUACAGCACCGUUUGAAGUGGUAACUGGAGUAAGACAAGGGGCAGUGGCAGGACCUUUCCUGUUCAAUUUCGCAAUCGACGACAUUAUGCGAAGAAGAGUCGACCAGUGUCCUGCCUACAUUGUCUUAGCACUCGAGAUCAGUCAAGGGGCAUCGCGUGCCCCUUGA